AUGCGAGGCAGGGCUGGGCAGCUUGGGGAAGGCAGCACCCACAACAGCCAGGGCGCACAUGGAGGUAGGACCCUGCCAGUGAUUUCCCAGGACAGUCCAGAGGGCCAGAUGAUGAAGGAGAGACUGCGCCGGGGGACAGAGGAGGACUCCAAGUCGGUGCAGCAGUAUGUGCCGGGGGUGCGAGUGGAGUUCCCGCGACCCCUCAACUCUGCCAGCCUGCACCCAACCAGGGCCCUGAUGCCAUCCAGCACGGACCCAUCUGAGCAGCAACAUGGGGUCCCCACGGAUGGGGAGGGGUCAGAACCCCGGGCCAACCUCACUACCGUGUCUGACAAGCGAUUGCAAAUCCAGAACCCCUUGUACCCGGUGACGGAGAACUCCUACAGCGCCUAUGCUGUGAUGUUCCUGUCCCUCAUCGUCUUUGCAGUGGGCAUCAUCGGAAACCUCUCUGUGAUGUGCAUCGUGUGGCACAACUACUACAUGAAGAGUGCCUGGAACUCCAUCCUGGCCAGCCUGGCUUUCUGGGACUUCCUCAUUCUCUUCUUCUGCCUUCCUGUGGUCAUCUUCAACGAGAUCACCAAGACGAGGCUGCUGGGGGACGUGUCCUGUCGGAUCGUGCCCUUCAUGGAGGUAUCAUCACUGGGAGUCACCACCUUCAGCCUCUGCGCCCUGGGCAUCGACAGGUUCCACGCGGCCACCAGCCCCCAGGCCAGCACCCGGCCCAUUGAGCAGUGCCAGUCCAUCAUCGCCAAGCUGGCCGUCAUCUGGGUGGGCUCCAUGACACUCUCAGUGCCAGAGAUCCUGCUCUGGCAGCUGGCACGGGACACAUCACCCGUGUCCGGUGUGGUGACGGAGUAUUGCACCAUGAAGCCCUCGUCCAACCUGCCUGAGUCCGUAUACUCGCUGGUGCUGACCUACCAAAACGCUCGGAUGUGGUGGUACUUUGGUUGCUACUUCUGCUUGCCCAUCCUCUUCACCGUGAGCUGCCAGCUGGUGACUCGGAGGAUCAGCGGCACCGAGAAGAAGAUGGAGUGCCGAGGGACCAAGCACAGCCAGUGUGAGGGUCACUUGAACUGCACCAUCAUCGGGCUGACCAUCAUCUACGGGCUCUGCACCACCCCUGAGAACGUCUGCAACAUCGUGGUGGCCUACAUGUCUCCUGACAUGUCCAAGCAGACCUUGGACCUUCUCAACCUCAUCAACCAGUUCUUCCUGUUCUUCAAGUGCUCGGUGACACCCGUCCUGCUCCUGUGCCUCUGCAGACCCCUGGGCCAGGCCUUCAUGGACUGCUGCUGUUGCUGCUGCGAGGGCUGCAGCCCCGACACGGCCUCCAGCGAGGGCAGCGCUGACAGCAAGCUCAAAACCGAGAUGUCCUCCUCCAUCUUCUUCGACAAGCCUCGAGAGUCCCCUCCACCCCUCCUGGCCCUCGGCACACCUUGCUAAGCGCCACCGGGGAGCCGUAGAGAUCGUUCCACCACCUCCUCCCAAGACCAAAUGUUUUGCCGUUAGUGCCCGUGGCUGGACGUGGAGCAAGCAGAAGAGACAGCUCAGGGGGCUGCGCCAUGGGCUUCAGACCCCACGUUGGGCAAGUGAGGCUUGAAAUCCCAGUCCCUGCGGCUGCAUUGGUGGCCUUGUUGCCUCUGCCCAAAGGCCAGCAAGGACACCAGCAGCCCCCCAGCCUGGCUGCCAGGCUCAGAGGGGUUGCUGCUCUGGAGAUGGAGCUGUGCCAGAAAGGUCCCAUCUGAAACUACGGAGGGUUUCCGUGGUGGCUCACAGAGGACAUAGCAAACACAAACUGCCCUCGUCCUGUCCCAUCCCCUCCUGCCAGCCCCUCCAGAUAGGAGAAGGUCCCAGUGACUAUAUCCUACCAGACCCAAGCAGUGCCCUGUAAGAGCUCAAUAAACCAGUAACCUAGAGCAC